AUGAAUGUACAACUAUGUACCCGUUCCUUGCUAAUAGGCUUUCUCCUUCUCACAGGGCCCCUGAUGCAGCCUUCUGAUGGGAAGGGGCUGCAGGAAAGCAGCAUCUGCCAGUGGGUACAGCCCAGAGGGUCAAGGAAUGGACCAGGGCCUUGGCAGGGAGGUCGGAGGAAAUUCUGCCGCCAGCAGCUGCGCCUCUCCCAUAAGGGCCCCAUGCCUUUCUGAAGCAGGACUGACUGAUGGGACCCCCAAGUGCCCGCCCCCUGUAGUUCUCUCUGCUCCAUAGAUUGGUCUGCUUCUCUGGAGCUCUCACAUCCAUCUGCAUCUUGCACCUGUUCCAGCUGCUGAUGGUCCCGGCUCUUCUCACCCACCAGCUUCCCUGAAUGGCAUGGUCCUGCCCUACUUUGGAUGAUUCCCUUUCUCCAAGACCCAUUUGGCCCAUCUUCCUGGUUCCUCUCCAGACUGACUUUGGAGACCCAGUACUGGAAGGCCUUCUUUGCCUUCCUUCUUCUCUCAGGCUCUCCCCACACUCUACUCCCUCCCUUUACCAUCUAGAUGCCCCAGGCCCUCACUUGGCCCUUCCUUCCUCAUGUAUGCCCUGAGGUCUGGGUAGAAACACUCUCUUCUUCAAUUGGCUCCAGCAAAUCCCAUGUUUACUUGUUACUGGGACCCUUCGGCCUGGUCUCCAGGAGAUGAACACAGAAAUGAGCAAUGAGAGAUUCUUCUUAGGAGGUCUGGGCAUCUGGAAUCUAGACAGGGGCAUUGGAAGGUGUUGGAACUCUGAGGAAAGAGGGCUGAAACAUGGGAGAAGAGGAGGAAAAGCUGGUGGGGCUUCUUCUUCAUUCCCAUGUUUGAUGCAGUGAAGGAAGAGACUAGAGAGGGUCCCACGAUGUACUCUGUCACUUCGCUCACCGUUCUGCAUCUCUUAACACUCCCUUCUCCUUCCCACCCCCAGCUACUUCAAGCUCCAGCUCAGGAGGGCAGGGCUCUGGGUCUGAGAUGGCUCUAUACCCUCCCAGAAACAAAAGCCAUGCAGGAGAAUUGUUUUUGCCAAGAAGCACAGAAUAUCACAGCUGAAAGGAACCUCAGAGGUCACUUAGCUCCACCCCUUUAUGCAAACUCCUGCCAAAAAAACAGAGGCCUGGAAAGGGACAGUGACCUGUUCAGGGUCACCGGAGAGCUAGAAUGAAGACUCAGGUCUUACCAUGUCUACACUUUAUCAUAUCUUUGCCCCUCUUUGUGAUGUCUUUUCAAAACAAAUGAAGUGCCUUUUCCCGGGUUUGGGGCUGGGGGUGGCUGGGAAGGGAAAGGCAGGCUGGCUGUGAACUGCCCUGUCAUGGGGAUGGAGCUGCUCCCUUCUCCCUUGCUGGUUUCAUUCCCCAACCUGGGCUGAAAAGUUCUAGAACUGACCAGCUACCCCUAUUCCUGUAGCACUCCCAGGCCUGGGAUAUUUUCACAGGGGCAGGACAGGCACCUUCACUGUUUUUCAGGAGACAGGAGGUGGCCCUAGGUAAUUAGGCUCUAUAGCUUUCCUUUCUCUGGCACCAUCUCCCCACUCCCUCUAGCUUGGUGUUUAUUGGACCUUCCCUCACCAUGGCCUAUGCUUGGGGAAAGUGGAGAAGGAAGCAUAGAAGAGAAGGAAAGGAAGAGCAGAAAGAAGGAAGAGAAGAAAGAGAUGGGAGGAAUUGCAGGUGGGAUAGCACACCCCAGGAGGCCCCAUCUUCCAUGAGGGGUCUUCCCUAGACCUUCCCUGUAGUGGGCUUUCUUGCUUUAUGUCUAGAUAAGUUUCCUUCUCAGAGGCCUCCCAGGAAGGAGAAGAAGGAAGACGAGAGCCUGAUGCCCACCUACACAUAUGUAGGGACAGAGGGAGUCAGGGCUCUCCAAGUCCCAUAAUAACCACCAAUGUUUGCCUAUCUCUUUCCCCAUAAACCCCUGACCUCUGCUGCUGCUAACACUACUACUGCUGUUGCUGCUGCUGCUGCUUCAAGGCCCACCCCGGGGAGAUGGGCUGGGCACCAGCCUCCCCCCACACCCCUCAGGCAAGCAGUGGGGGUUGGCCAGUGCCUGGAAAGUCUCUUCUGCCACUGAUGCCCCCUCCAGGAACUGGGCCUUCUUCCCCAUCAUUCUUGCAUCUCCUGCCUUAUCAGCCUGCUAUGAUCUGUAGCCAAGCCUGGCCCCAUGGGGAGGGGGAGAAAAAGGGGAUGGCUGAGAAAGAUGGCAGAUGCCAGGGAGAGGAGGGUAGUGGGUGGGCUGGGGGGAGGGGGAUGUCUUAUUUAAAGUGAUUGUUUAUGAUUCUUAUACUAAUUUAUACAAAGAUAUUAGGCUCUUUUCAUUAAGAAUUUGUCCCCUUCCCAUAAUUGUGUUUGUAAAGAUUGUUUGGUGUAAAUAUGUCUUUACAAUAAAGAAUUAAAAGCUGACAAUUAGCCUUUACCUUGGGAGGUCAUGUUCAGGAGGGGAGUUCCUCUCGCCUGAGGUAUAUGAUUGUGCCCGUGCAUGUACAGGGAUGACAGGGAUGUAAGUGCCUGUAUUCCAAAAAGUUUCUAGGUCAACUGGCCUCAAACCAAUUUGACACAAACUUGUGAAAGUAAUCUCUAUGCCUAAUGACCAGUUCACAUAAAAUUCAGCCUACUUUUGAAUGCUUUGGCAUCAGUU